UUCCACUUCCCCUCCAAUUUUUUCUCCUCUGAUAGUUUUUUUUUUCUCUGUCAAUGGAGAAAUUAUCGUACAAUUCCUAUCCUGACUCGGCCGGGUCGUCUCCGAGAUCUCGCGAGAUAGACUUCGAGAAUCCUCCGCCAUGGGAGGAGCAUCAGAGCUACAAGGCAAAGUUCAUGUGCAGCUAUGGCGGUAAAAUCCAGCCGCGGCCUCAUGAUAACCAGUUUGCUUACGUUGGCGGAGAGACGAAGAUCCUCUCUGUCGAUCGCGGCGUCAAGUUCUCCGACAUGAUCGCCAAGCUCUUCGCUCUCUCCUCCAACGCCAUCAGCGGCGGUGAUUACUCCGGUGUCACGUUCAAGUACCAGCUUCCGGGCGAGGACCUCGAUGCUCUGAUCUCUGUUACCAACGACGACGAUCUCGAGCACAUGAUGCACGAGUACGAUCGGAUACAGCGAGGUUCGGCGAAGUCGGCCAGGAUGCGGUUGUUCUUGUUUCCGGUGGUUUCUCCUGCCGGUGGAUUUGGAUCUGAAUCGGCUAUGCGAACGGAGCCGGAGAGGGUCGUCGGUGGUCAUAGUUCCGCGGCGGCGCGUGUAGAGACAGAGAAGUCGAUUGCGGCGGCUGGCACGAAUCACGUGGAUUUCCUGUUCGGCCUGGAGAAAUCGAUUCCGCCGCCGGUGUCUACGCCGCCUCCACCAACGUUUCCACAGCAGGUACAUGUAGCUCCGCAGUAUGCGGUGGUUGGAGUCGACGAGUCUGAUAUUCGAUCGGAUCGUGGCGUCAAUAUGAUGGAGAUGCAGAAUCAAGUGCGUGAAUUCCAGAGAUUUCAAAUCGCUGAUCAGCAGGAUACACGACAUCACCAUCACCAAGCGGUCAAUCUAGCCGAAUCCGGUGGUUUUUACCAAAAAUUCCAGGAAAGCAGACCGGCGGAGUCUGUACAACAUGCGCCAUCGCCUCAGAUGGGUUACUGGUCAGACAAACACGUGUCCGGCGGCGCCUUCCAUUCUCCAGCCACCGGAUUCUCCCAGCAACAAGUCUACGUCAGCGACGCCCAAGGGAACCUCUACCACUACGCGUCACCAUCACACGCGCCGCCGCAAUCCCUCUCGGGACAACAGCAACAACAACCCGGUCAAGGGUACUACAACGUCAACGUGCAUCAGCGCGUGUCACCGGACGUCUACAAUACCGCUUCCAACCCGACGACGGAUGCGGCGUUACCAGUUCGCCACGUGGCGGAGCAGGUGUACGGCCACGUGAUGUAUGACGGAUCAGGGCGACAAGUAUAUUACACAGCUCCGGUGGGUGGGGUUGCAUUGCCGCCGUCGCAGGUUCACCAGUACGGAAGCAGCAGCGACGGAAGAGGCGGAGUGGUGGUGAGUCAAGAAGGGAGAGUGGUGGGUGGAGUCGGUGCUCAUGUUGUUUCGAGUUCAAACUGAAAAAGUGUACGUACGAAUGUGUUAUUUGAUAUUGAAGAUUAAAAUUAAUAUUAUGGUUAAUAUAUGAUUAAGUGGUAAUUAGAUAUAUAAUUAAUAUCGGGGAUGGAUGUCAUGUAGUAAUGAUGGGGUGUGGCUAUGUUAAUGAAUUAUCCUGUUUUUGUGGCUUGCAAGUGAAGUUACUAGUACGAUC